AUGUCUCGGCCGCAGUUGCCUUUCGUCUUCGGGGCUGCCCAAAUUAUGUCCACGAUGGAGUCGGUCAUGGCCCGGUUUGAGCAAAUGCACGAGACGAUGAUCCGAACUGUGACUCCGUCAAACGCCUUCUUCGCCAACACAUUCGAGCCAUGGGCCCGUGUUUCCAACGAGACCGAGGCUGACACGGGUAUGAUCCAGCUGCUGGGCUAUGUGGCUGCCGACAAGGAGACAAGAGACGCCGCGGAUAAGGCGCAGAGAUUGCUCGGCUUCGCCCACGCGGCGUGGAUGGCGAGGUCAGAUCUCUUUGUUUUGCUGAAGGCGGCGGCCGAGAGAGAUGAGAUGCUUGAUCCAGAGUCCAGGCAUUGGAUGGAAGCUAAGCUGCGAGACUUUACUACAUGUGGACAUGGUUCACUUGACGAAUCAACCAUGCAUGCAUAUAUCAGACAGCUCUCCGACAUCGAGGACCUGAAGUACAGAUACAACAGAAAUCUGAUGGAAGAGAACGGGGGCUUGUGGAUGGAUCGACAAGAUUUGGACGGAGUCCCAGAGAAUGAGCUGCAGAAAUUGAAGCGAGAUGGAGGCGUCAACGAAGGAAAGUACUUCGUGCCGUUUGCAAAUGGUGGCGCCAAGAUCGUCCUGAGCUACGCCUGCAAAGAGAGCGCCCGCAGAAAGAUUUUCCUUGCGGAAGAGGCCAAGGUACCUGAGAAUAUGAAACUGCUUCAAGAGAUAACAUGUCUCCGCGACGCGCAGGCCAAGUUACUCGGAUACAAGAGCCAUGGAGAAUUUCGCAUUCAAGGUCGGGCUAUCAAGUCGGUUUACUCCGUUGAGAAGCUCCUCGCAGAGCUCCGAGAAUCACUCGUACCGCUCGGAAGACUGGAGCUAGCAGAGCUACAACGACUGCGCGUGGAAAGUCUCAAGAGACACGAGCCCUUCGAGUGCAGUGAGAAUGACCGGCUUCCUCCGUGGGACUUGGCUUACUACAAGCGUCUCAGAAGCCUGGCAGCGAGCGUGGAUGAGGAAGCAACAUCGGAGUAUUUCCCGCUGGGGCCAACCGUCACCGGCAUGUUGGCAAUAUUCGAACCGAUCUUGAUGCUGCGCUUCGUAAAAAUUCCUCAGAACGAACUUGAUCGCGACUCCACAUGGCAUGAGUCUGUGGAGGUGUGGGAAGCAUGGGAUACUGAGGGUAACGACUUCCUCGGGUUUCUUUACUUUGACCUUCUUUGGCGCGAAGACAAAUACAAAGGCUCGCAGAACGCCAACAUUCACUGCGGUUUUCUUAAGCAAGACGGGACGCGAAAGGCUCCGGCUACCGCACUGAUGUGCUGUUUCCCUCAACCUACUGAAUCCACCUGUGCGCUUCUCAAACACAGUGAGGUUGUUAUCCUCUUCCAUGAGCUGGGGCACGCCAUCCAUGACCUCGUGUCUAAGACGAAGUUUGCGCGUUUCCAUGGAACAGGCCUCCCAGUGGACUUUGGUGAAAUGCCUAGCAUCCUGCUCGAAAACUGGUGCUGGAUGGAGGAAACCCUGAGCAAACUAAGCUGCCACUACACUACGCUGGAUCCUCGAUAUUUGGAUGAAUGGCGUGCUUAUCAUGUUGGAGCCCCUGAUCCGCCUGCCAAGAUCCCGAGUGACUUGUCGAAGCGGCUCAUCAACACCACGUAUCUAAACCACGGCCUCUACUAUCUUCACCAGUUGUCGGUAUCCAUAUUCGACAUGAAAAUACACAACCCAGCAGGCCCUGGCGAUAUCGCAUCCCUCGAGCUUACAAAGCUCUGGUACGACAUAAGAGAAGAUAUCGAGGGAAUGGACUUCACAGAGUCCCGCAAGAAUGGGCAUGGGCACGUCACCUUUGGCCAUCUUGUGAGCGGAUACGACAUGGGAUAUUAUGGCUAUCUCAGGUGA